AUGCGUUUGCCGGGAGUCGAACCCGGGUCUAUUGCUUGGAAGGCAAUUAUCCUAACCGUUGGACUACAAACGCUGUUGCUUGUUGAUUCUCUUGUUUUAAUGUCUAUAUACUACUACUACUCUUCGACUUCUUCCAUUGAAAUUCCAGAUUUUGCAAUUCGUUGCGUGUGGAAUAGGAUUGGAGCUAUGGAGACGAUUCCUGUGAGGACGACGAUGAUACCUUCAACUUCAGCUCAUGCUUUCCAUCGGAGAACAACCUUCCAACCCUCAUCUUCACCAAUUCAUCAUAACAGACACUUACGCUUUGCUCUUCGUGCCAAACUGUCUGAUACUAAAUUUCAAGAUUUUCAGAGCUAUGUGAAGCCUUCACGUAUUUUGCCUGCCUCUGAAGUGAAAGUGUAUACAAAUGCAUCAGCAGAAAAUCUUUUAUCUUCCCUGAAGGGGGAUGAAUCCAAAUCGUUAUUCAGGGUCCAGUUAGGUACCAGCAACUUAUAUGGCUCAAGUAUAACUGACUUCAAUGCUGGAAUUCUCUUGUGUUUGAUAGAUGAAGUCGGAAAUUCCAUAUUGAAGAGGAUCCCUGUGAGUUUGAUGACUGAUCAUUCCACAGAAUCGGGGGAUAUAACCAAUGGUGACGCGCUUCACUUCCAAAGAGGUUCUGUUGAUGAAUUCAUUUUUGAAGGUCCUAAAGUUGCAAGACUUGAGGCUCUUUGGGUCAGUGUUGAAUCGGGUCAGUGGCGCCUAGGAAGUGUAUCCUUAAUGGUUAUUAAUAGUGAACGGCAACUAUCAUUGCCAGAAGAUACGGCGGAACUACGGUACACCGGCUUUCAGUAUGACUUUCAGAUUGAAGAUGUGUUGCUUGGUGAGGGAAGUGAUAUGUCCAUGUUGGAAUUAAGACCUACCCUUGUCACUGAGCUUGAAGGAACUGAUCCUAUAAGCUUGUUCAACAAAGGAGUUUAUGACAGUAGCACCUUGCUCCUGAGUACUGGGAUCUCAAAUGAAGAGAGCAUGAGGGAAUAUGCAAGCUUGAAGUUCUCAUUGCUAUUUUAUGAUGCUGUGCUGACACUAAUUGGAACAUCAAUUGCUUCACUCUCAGCUGGGGAAAAUUUUGGGUUUGCUUUCUUGAUUGGUGGGAUUGGAGGGUUCUUGUAUCUCCUACUGUUGCAGAGAUCUGUGGACGAAUUGCCAGCUUCAGAAUUGAUCACCAGUAACAAGGGAGGAAGUAAUGCAUUGUUCAGAGGUUUGAAGGGCCCAAUAGCAAGCGUGGCAGUGGCUGUAGGUUUAGCUGUAUUGGCAGUGAGGUAUAGUGAAGGAGGUCCAGUGAUGUUCACUCCAAAAGAUCUCAUUGUUGGAAUGAUGGGAUUUCUUGCAUGUAAGGUUUCUGUUGUGUUGGCUGCAUUUAAGCCCAUAACACCAGGUCUGAAGUUACCAAGUGAUAUGUAACAUUGUUAUACUUUUUUCUUUUAAAGGAAUGCUAUACAUAGCUUGUUUGGCAGCUGUAUUAUACAAGAUAGGGUAAAUGAGGAAUAACUUUACAAAUUGUUUGGAGCAAGCAUUAUAGUACACAAGUUUAUGUAUCAAA